AUGCGAGUUUUACACCUCGUCGGCCUUGCGGCUUCUGCCGUCGCCGUAACCAUCAAGGUCUCACCGGACAAUGGCAAGAAGGCGUCCCCACUGGCCUAUGGGCUCAUGUUUGAGGAUAUCAACCACAGUGGCGAUGGAGGCAUCUACGCCGAGCUGAUCCGCAACCGGGCCUUUCAAGGCGACCAAUUUACGCCCGCUACCCUGAGCCCCUGGGAGAAGCAGGGUUCCGUGACCGGCGUCCAGCUGACCAAAGACACCCCCAAGCCCUUGUCGCCCUCGCUGCCCUACUCGGUCUCGGUCCGCGCCACGGUCGAUGGCCUGGACGAGGAGGUGGGCAUCUCGAACCCGGGCUAUUGGGGCAUCGACGUCCUGCCCCAGACGUACACCGGCAGCUUCUGGGUCAUGGGCGAGUACAAAGGAAACUUUACAGCGGCCUUCCGCGACGCGGCAAACGUCAACCCCGUCUACGCCAGCACCAAGAUCCAGUCGCGGUCUGUCGAUGGCGAGUGGACCAAGCACGAGUUCACCAUCACCCCCGAUGCAGCCCACGGCCACAAGUGCCGGUUCGCCCUGACCUUUGUCCCCGAGAAGCCCGGCCAGACGCUCUACUUCAACCUGAUCAGCCUGUUCCCGCCCACCUACAAGGACCGCAAGAAUGGGAUGCGCAAGGACCUCAUGAAGGCCAUCGAGGAUCUGAACCCGAGCUUCCUGAGGUUUCCUGGAGGUAACAACCUUCAGGGUCACUGGGCCGGUUCCAGGUGGCGCUGGAACGAAACCUUGGGCGACUUGGAGCAACGCCCAGGGAGGACCGGGGCCUGGACCUACUUCAACACUGAUGGCCUUGGUCUGAUUGAGUACAUGCUGUGGUGCGACGACAUGAAGCUCGAGCCCAUCCUCAUCGUCUGGGCCGGUCUCUACCUCAAGGGCAUUGUGACCCCCGAAGAGGAGCUUGGAAUAUUCAUCCAGGACGCGCUCAACCAGCUCGAGUUCCUUACUGGGGAUGCCAGCACCGAGUACGGGGCCAAGCGGGCGGCCCUCGGCUACCCGGAGCCUUGGAAGAUCAACUUUGUCGGCAUCGGCAACGAGGACCACUUCUCGGCCGGUAUGGACUCGUACAACAAGUAUCGGUUCCGCAUGUUCUACGAUGCUCUGCGGGCCGCCUACCCGACGGUGACACUGCUGGCUUCGACUGUGGAGAUAGCCGAUCCGAUACCCGAGGAUGUUGUUCUGGACUAUCAUGAUUAUGGAAACCCCAACGGUGCCGUGCGCAACUUCACCCUCUGGGACGACGAAGGCACCUCGCGCAACCACAAGGUGCUCGUGGGCGAGUACGGCGUGGCGCGCGCCAACGGCAACGAGGUGCUCUGGAAGGACCACCGCGAGCGGCCGUGGUGGAUCGCGUCGGUGGCCGAGGCCGUCUUCUGGAUCGGCAACGAACGGCACCCGGACAAGAUCUACGGCAGCGCCUUUGCGCCGCUGCUGCAGCACGUCGACCAGUACCAGUGGAGCCCCAACCUGAUCAGCUUCAACGCCAACACGUCGGCCACGACGCUGUCGACGAGCUACCACGUCAUCAAGCUCUUCAGCAACGCCCGCUUCACCGAGGUGCUGCCCGUCGACAACAGCGCCGAGUACAACCCGGCCUUUUGGGUCGCCGGCAGGAAUGCCGACGCCAACAAGUUCCUCUGGAAGGCCGCCGUCUACAACGUCACCGGCGACGCCGACGAGGUCGACUUUGACGUCGUCUUCCCCGGCGUCGUCGAGGGCAGCAGCGCCCAGCUCACCGUCUUGACGUCGUCGGAUCCUCUGAACGAGAACGUGCUGGGAGCCGCCGACGUCGUCGUCGCCGAGACGAGGAACGUCACGGCUGGACAGAACGGCUUCACUUUCAAGCUGCCGCAGUGGUCUGUUGCGCUGCUCGACUGGUCCGUUGUUGCUUGA